UCGAUUCUCUUCAAUCCCAUGGCUCUUCUUCCCUAACAACAACAACUGCGUGCUUUGGUGCUCUCGAUACUCCAUUUGUUGCUCUGAUCUUCCCUAGUGGAAUAGGUAUUGUUGUAGCCACCACCAUCAACACCACCUCCAAAAGCUAGCAGAUCUCAUCAGCACCGCCUUCUCCACUUCCUGAAAUCAAGUGACUCAAGUGCUGCAGAACAUCAGGUCUGAUGAUCAAUCAAGACAUACCAGAAGAUGUCAUAUGUUGCAACAUCUUUUCACGUCUUCCAUUCAAGCUAGUCACAUGCUUGAAGGUUGUAUCCAAGGAUUGCUGCAGACGUCUCACAGGUACUGAGUUUGCUACAAAACAGGCAACACUUUGCCCAUCAUGCCCAGCACUAAUCCACAUUGGUCCUGAUAAUAAAUCAUAUAGAUGCUCCCUUGAUGUUCUAUCAUCGACACCUUCUAUAGUUGGUGUUCCCUCAUCAAAGCUUGAUUUCCUUGGUUGCCACUUGGAUAAUGGCCGUUUUGAUAUCCUUGCCUCAACAAAUGGCCUUCUCUGCAUUCGCUACAAACCAUACUAUGAUGGCCCUCUCACUCCACCGCCUACCAUCCUUUUAGCAAAUCCAGCAACACAACAAUCCCAACCAAUCCCUGGUGCAGCUAAUCAUCUUGACAUGACUAGUGUUGUUGGUCUAGUGUUUGAUCCAUUAGAUGAUCCUCAAGAAAAAACACACAAGUUCAUGAUUGUCAAGGCAUUUCCAUUAUCUACCAUAAAUGAUACUUUAGUUAAGGUCAAUUUUAUCUCUUUUUCAUCGGAUACGGGUCAAUGGGUCAUGUCAAGUAAUAUGAUUAUUGCAAACAUGAAAGAAGUAAUAUGCCAAAAGGUGGUAUAUGCAAGUGGUGUUCUAUAUUGGGACUAUCAAGAGGAUCUACUCUGGUUUGAUGUUGAAAGAAAUGAAGUUGGGAGCAUCAAGAUGCCUUGGAAGAUGCAAGGGUUCAAUGUUCAUGAGGAACGCCAUAGCAUUGAUGUCUCUAGCAAUGGUUUGCUCAUGUGUACAACCACUAACAAGGAUGGUUUGGCCAUAUACCAACUUGUGAGAAUAGUUAAUUAUCAUUGGGAGCUCAAGCAUACCAAAGGAUGGAAGAGCAUUAUGGAGAUGUAUUGCGAUGAAUUCCAAUUUUGUCAUUCAAUGAAGCUACGUAAUGGGUGUCAAAACAAGUUUUAUGAGAGGUGGUUUGUGCGUCCACUUGGUCUAGAGGGUGGGAGGUGGGUUUAUAUUGGGGUGAGGCAAAAAUGGAAGACACGAGACAAGGUAUUACGUUAUGACAUGGACACAGGCAAGGUGGAAAACACUGGGAAGGAGUUGGGCAAUGCGUUUGCCAUGAAGUGUGCCUUUGGAUACCGCAAUAGCAUGGCUACUCUUCCACCAAUUGUCAUGUCGGGAUCUCAAGAUGGAAAUUGUGAUGGUAAAUCUGGUGAUUGAAUGUGUGCAA